AUGAACGAAGAUGCCGUGCUCGAUACUCCCCUAUGGGACGACACAUGGCUUCCAGUUCCAAAAUUAGACAUCGAGCCAAACGGACCCCUAAAAUUGCUCAACAUCAUCCUGGAUCCCAAAGAUCCUUGUAAUGAACACAAAAUCAUCUCGACGCAUGACCCGAACAUUGCCUUCAACAUCACCGAGUUCGAGUAUCCAAACAUGGACAAUACAGAGCGCCUUCUCACCAGGGGUGUUAGUAACGCCCAAUAUCCUGGGAUUUAUGGACGCGGCGACGCCGUCAGUCUCGACUGCUUCUGCAAGUCUCUCAAGAAAACAACCGUCAAUAAUGAGUCCGUACUCGAGAGUAUUCUGACAAGAGCUACAGAGCCAAGAGUUAGGGAAGCCCUCAGAGACAUUCGUCGUAACCCUGCGCCCAGGCCUAUUUAUAUCAUCACCGGUAUUAAGGUCGCUACUGGGGGAACUAUGGAUAGCGUGUGGCGUCAGUGGCCGGAGAAAAGGGCAUGUAUGGGUCAUGAUAAUCAUCCUGAAGGAGAAGUGCGUUUCAUGGAAGAGAGAAUAAGAGUGCCGCCCAGUGCUUGUAGGGCUGAUCACUUUGAGUGGAAGGAUCCUAUUAUAUUAGCUUAUCAGGUGAAAGAUAUUGCGGCAAAACCAGGAAGUAGGACGUUGGAAGUACGCGAGCAUACUGAGUAUGUGGGGUUCAGAACUGUAGUCGAUCUGCUGCAAAAUAUGGGUCGAGUGGAGGCGCCUCUUGUUGAGACGGAAUGA